AAAAAAGGACCGUGCGGCGUGCGUUGCGACUCCGCCGGCUUUCCCCAUUCUUCCCAGGUCGCCGAGUCAACAUCCGUCACCGGCGGCAGAACCACCCUGCGCACCUACCCCCGUUCCCCCAAGACCCAGCUACCCAGGCUUUCCCUCGGCGAGCCCCCUGAGCCCUAAGCUCCAGCAAGCCCCCAUGGCGGCGCAGGGGAUCGCGGACGCCGUGCAGGCUUACACGGGCCUCUCGCCCGCGGCCGCCUUCACCGUGCUGGCUCUCAUGCUCGCCACCUACCUCAUCGUCUCCACCCUCUUCGUCGCCCCAGACGCAGCCCCUUCGGCACCGGCGGCUCAUCCCAAGCCGCCUCAGCAGCAGGAGGAGGGGACGGAGGCGGAGGCGGAGCCGGAGCCGUUCGUGCCGCCGUUUCCGGACCCUGUGCAGGUGGGCGAGAUCACGCUCGAGCAGCUCAGGGCCUAUGACGGCAAGGAUCCCGCCAAGUCCAUCCUCAUCGCCAUCCGCGGUCAGGUCUACGACGUCUCGCGCGGGAGGCUGUUUUAUGGACCUCAAGGACCAUACUCCUUGUUUGCUGGGAGGGAUGCAUCUCGGGCCCUGGCAUUGAUGUCAUUUGACCUUAAUGACCUGACUGGAGACUUGGAAGGCCUGAGCCCAGACGAACUGGAGGUUUUACAAGACUGGGAAGAGAAGUUUAAAGAGAGGUACCCUGUGGUGGGUCGUCUUCCUGGUGAAAACGCAACAGCUGGUGCCCAGCCUGAUCACGAGGCAGAGAAGGCCUAACUCUGUGUCUGGGUUCUUGUCCCGUUGCCUGUAAGUUGUUGUGUCUUUUACUACUGCUGGACUGUGAGCGGUAGAGAGAUGUAAUGCGCUGACAGGUGAUGUUGUUUGUAUGUGUGCUGCAUGAGUGUGUGUUACUGAUGCACCUGCUUUACUACUGAGUACUUUGGUUGGUGUGCGUAGUGGAUAAGGGGGAGGAAUUUUGAGUAA